AUGCCGCCUCUCGAACCUUUUCCUAUCCAUCCUAGUGACGAAAUUUGUAUUGAAGGUGAAACGAAACCUUUAAUCUAUAAGAUAAAAUCAGAUGAUAGACUUUUUUUAAAAGAUUCAGUUCCUUCGAUCAUAGAAAUAAAGAAAAACAUUCCUGCAAAAUAUUUUAGUCCUUCAGUUAAAAGGUCAUUUAAAUAUGUUGCUCGGGAUUUAAUAAUCGUUGCUAUCACAUUCGCUACUUAUCUUAUACUUGACUCCAUCGGAUCUAUUCCGUCAAUCGUUAAAACCUUUGUUAUACUUCCCUCUUACGCAUUUAUUCAGGGCACUAUGUUUUGGGCUAUCUUUGUAUUGGGUCAUGAUUGUGGCCAUGGUAGUUUUAGUCGUUAUCCUUGGCUCAAUGAUAUCGUCGGAACAUUUCUUCAUACUUUGAUCCUUGUUCCAUAUACUACUUGGAAGAUAAGUCAUCGUCACCAUCACAAAAACACUGGAAAUAUUGAUAAAGAUGAAGUAUUCUUUCCUAUGAGACAAACUGAUGCUUUGAUUAUGACUAAAGGUAUUGGAAAUACAAAACUCGUCCCUUACUUUGGACUUGGUGUUGGUUGGAUCAUUUACCUGAUUCUCGGCUAUGGAACAAGGGCAACAUCUCAUAUAAAUCCAUUCGCCCCUCUUUUUGCUAAAAAUCGCGUUGGUGCUAUCAUUUCAACCAUUUGUGUGCUUCUGGCACUGCUUAGCCUCGGUAACAUCUCUAUUCAUUUCGGUACUUUGGCCAUAGUAAAAUAUUAUUUCCUUCCAUGGAUAAUUUUUGCUACUUGGUUAGUGAUCACUACUUUUCUCCAUCAUCAUGGUGCCGAAGAAAAUUUAAAGCUUCCGUGGUUUUCAAACGAUCAAUGGAAUUAUGUCGUUGGUAACCUUUCUUCUGUGGAUCGCGACUAUGGUAUCCUUCAUGACAUCACUCAUUCUAUUGGUACACAUCAAAUUCAUCACUUGUUUCCGGCAAUUCCACAUUAUUAUCUUAAGGAAGCUACUGCUUCAUUCCAAAAACGGUAUCCUCAAUUCAAACGUGAAUCUAAUGAACCAAUCGUCAAAACUUUUAUUGAUACCUUUGCCAUGUGGAAAGAACAAUUUAUCAUUGCUGAUGAUACGAAAAUUUUCAAAAAACAUGGUACUGAAAUUAAUAUAUUAAAAUUAUUGUAA